AUGGGCAGCGCCAUGAAGCCGGGUCUCCUGAUGCUGCUGGGGCUCCUGGCCCUCGGGAGCGUGUGCCGGCCCGCGGCCGGGAAUCUCCUCCCAGGGAAGCGCGGCGAGUGCCCCCUGCCCAAGCGGACCCACGAGACCACCUGUGCCGCCUUCUGCUCCUCGGACGAGGACUGCGCGGGCAGCCAGCGCUGCUGCAGCAACGGCUGCGGGCGGGAGUGCAUGCUGCCCCAAGGAGCCAAGGCGGGCUUCUGCCCGCGCCUGGACCCCAACUGGAUGACCAUCUGCCUGGUGGAGUGCGGCAGCGACAGCGACUGCCCCGGCGCCAGGAAGUGCUGCAGCAUGGGCUGCCACGUGCGGUGCGAGCAGCCUGUGCCAGCCAAGCCGGGCGUCUGCCCGUGGAGGAGGGUGCUGUACACCUUCGCCCCCUGCACCAGCACCUGCGACGACGACACCGACUGUCCCCGCCGCGAGAAGUGCUGCUUCACGGGCUGCAGCCGCGGCUGCCUGCUCCCGGUCAGAGUGAGAGCGCAGGAGUGACCCGAGGAGGCGGCGGCGGCCGCGGAGCCGCGGCACGGCGGCGGCGGUGGCGGUGGUGGCUGCGGCAGCGGCGGCUGCAGCGGUGGUGGCUGCAGCGGUGGUGGCUGCGGUGGUGGUGGCUGCGGCGGUGGCUGCAGCCGUCC